CCUUUCAGCGCCACGGCGCGGGCAGCGGAGGCUCUGUGUGUGGGAGGGACUAUAAGAGCUGCUGCUCCACGGCAUCGAGCGGGGAGAGAAUAUAGGCUAUUCAACGCAUAUUCACUGAUAAGGCUUCUUUAAAGAUAAAUCCGCCUCCGUUAUGCGCUGUCACCAUCUGUAGUGACGAAGAGGAGGAGAAGGCGAAGGGGAUGCUGAAGUAGCGCGGGAUGCUGUGGAGGGACAACAUCGUGGGAGGAAGGCUCAGAGUCAACCAGCGGCUGGCGAUAACCGAAUGGCUUCUCCGGCGCCGCUUCCCGCAGAUGAGGCAGGGAAGCGGUCGGAUCCUCCCGACGUCCUUGACCGAGUUUCCGGUGCGCCGCACGUCCGCAAGUCGGGCGGAUCAACAGGAGGAGCGCUCCCCGGGGAGGCUGGCUGUAACCCGGCCCGCAGCUGCCAUGGCAGGUGCCUUUCAGCACCAAGGACGGCGCCGCGCAAGGGCGGCGCGGAGCUCAAACUCGGUCGCCUCGGCGACGAGAAAGUGCGAGUUUGCUGCGAUGAGGAAUUAGAGACCUCUUUCACCUACAUUGAUGAGAAUGUCAACCUGCGACUGGCCAGCCCGGACACUAGCUGCAGAAGUGCGCACAGACCCGUGCGCAACGGCGAGCCUUGCUCCGAGACGUUCCCGGAGCUCUCCUUCAUGUCCGAGGACGAUCUCUCCUUCGGGGAGGGCUCGGGAAGUUCUAUAGACUACGGCUUUAUCAGUGCAGUCACGUUCUUGGUGACGGGGAUCUCCCUGGUGAUCAUCUCCUACGCAGUGCCUCGGGAUGUAGUGGUGGACCGGGACAGCGUGUCGGCGAGGGAGAUGGAGAGGCUGGAGAUGGAGAGCGCCCGGAUAGGUGCCCACCUGGACCGGUGCGUCAUAGCGGGACUGUGCCUGCUCACGCUGGGCGGCGUGGUGCUCUCCACGCUGCUGAUGAUCUCCAUGUGGAAAGGGGAAAUGUACAGGAGAAAGGUCAUCGCUUACUCAAAGCGCUCCGCCAAACAUUACGGCUCUAUCAGCCUGAAAACUAGGUCCAGUCCCAGCCACUCAUCUGCGCACUUGUCCCUGGAGGAGGACAUGGAGGAAACUUUGACUUAAAAUGCUGCUGUGCAUCCAACAAACUGCUUUGCAUAUAUAAACCUUUUGUGUAUAACUGAGGAAUUAAUGCCAUUCACAUUCUCUAACAUCCUACAUCCUACUACUGUAUCAUACACUCAAAAUACGUCUGCAUCAUUUUGUCCUGUAGAAACAGAUCACAUGUUCUAUUAUGUAUCCACUGGAGAGCAGGAAAGCACUCUAAUGAAAAGUGAGCAAUAGGUAGAAAAACACAGUGUGGUGUCAAAUUGUUCUGAAUUGAUUUUACCACGCCACAGCAUAAAAGUGAUUGUUAAGA